AUGUGGUUGGUGCCAGUGGUCAUCUUCUCUGGUCAUUUGACCGCUAGCGAGCUAUUCUCCUCUAUGGCCGAAGUAAGAGGACUGCUAGAGACAGAGCAGAUGAUCGUCAACGUCAUCGACGGCUACGUCGCCAAGGAACGCAGUCGUCUAGAACUGCUUGAACGCAUUGUCCGAGAGCAUAAGCGACAGAGGCAAGAGUCCCACGACUACAAUCUGAUGAUCAGUAAUCCAGUUCAAGCGUUCUUACUCAUUUGCAGACUGAUGAACACCGAACGGCUCAUGCAUGGCAACGUUGCUGAAGAUUUUUUGGAGAAUAUCACUUUGGCGAAAGAGCGGUCAUCUGUCAAAUUUCCCACCGAGCAUGAUCUUGAAGGAGCGGCAGUCGCCCUGCUAUGUCUCCAAGACACGUGCCAACUGAACACUCGCGAAAUGGCUGAGGGUCUCAUUCCUAACGCCCCACUGGAACAGAAUAUGACAGGUAUAUAUGCUUUGGUCACGGUUUCAUAUGGGAAGCAGCCAACGCCAUUUAUCUUUCGGGAACAAGGACUACUACCACGCCCUGAUGUGGAUACUAGAAGCGCUGGAUCGCUGCGAACGGAAAUUCUGCCAUCCACAAACAUCAGCGAUGUCCUAGAAAUUUUGGCGCACUCCCAGUACUAUCAGGGAAACGUGAAGCAUGCCUUACGGACGAAUCGUCUUCUGCUGCUGCAGCCGAAUCAUACCGUAGCGGCAGACAACAUAAAAUUAUACGAGAACAUCCUGGGUAAGACUGAACAGAUAUCAAAGAAUUCUGCUUUGCCACCACUUAGCAACACACGGGAUAGAAACACACCUGAAAUGGACAAAUAUGAAUUCUUAUGUCGUUCGGAAAGCCCGAUGGUAGACAUUUUUGAAUUCUGUUCAAGUACUGUUGCAUUUCGAUUUAGAACCCAACAGUUGCCAAAGACUUGUACUGUUACCUGGUGUGAUCGACCAUACCUAAAAUUCGCGCCAUUCAAAGUAGAAGUUUUAGCUCAAGUACCGAAGAUUGUGCUUUUCAGACAGGUCGUAUCAAAUGACGAAAUCGCUAUUCUCACGGAUCUGGCGAAACCGCUCCUACAGCGAGCACUGGUGAUCAACCGUGAAUCCGGGAAGUUAGAAACUACUGACUUCCGAGUGGCCAAAACGUAAGA